UAAAAAAAUCACGAUUGAGUCAUAUAGGGCUCUAUGUAACUCUAUCGCUGUCAAGAGAAUGCCGAUGAUGGAGUCAAGUAGGAGAAGAAGGAACAAUAUCUCCCUUGUAUUACAGAAUCAGAUAAUCCAAACAAUUAGAAAGCGCAAGGAUAGCCAUAAAUGAAAAAGAGUGCUGAGUCCUAAGGUUCAGAGAAAGUUAAGGCCAGUAAGCCCACAACAUAGAGACCAACUAAGCCCUCACUUCUUUCAAAGGCCACAAGAGACCGACUUAGAGAAAGCAAAGAAGUAUGAAGUUAUCAAUGAGGAUUAUCGAAAUUUGAUAUCUAAAAUUCAGAAAAAACUGAAACUUUCAAACUAUAAAAACAGAAGAUUCUUAUCUCCAAAUAUUCUCAGGUUCAAAGCUAACAUUAUCGCCCACAUUAAAAAGGCUGAACAAAAUUCAACACAAAUAUCUCCAAAAAAUGGUGAACGAAGGAAAAAGAAAUACAUGACCAAAUUCCCCAUCCUUCACAUUCAAGUUUUCCAAGAAACCACCUGAUUUAAUAUCUAAUGCAUCCCUAUAUUGAGGAUUCUAAAAAAUUAUUGGCUUAAAUAUGUCAUAAACUCAGAAUUAAUAGCCGAAAAUAUUUCAAAAAUUUUUCUGGACUGGAAAUUAGGAAGAUAUUUGAUAGCCAGAGUUUAUGGUAUAGUCAAGAUGAGCAGUUGAAGAUUUUGAUAUCUGGAACGAAGCAGGUUUCUCUCAUUGAC